AUGGCGUCGACCUCGAGCUUGGAUUUGGGAAAGACCGUGCCGCCGGCUGGCUUCCUUCUCCACCGCCGCGUCGCCGUCCUCAGCGCCCCUGUUCUCUGGGGGAGGAGCGCGAGCGGGCGGUGCGGCCUCGCCAUCUCCGUUUCGUCCUCCAGUGGUGCAGCUGGGCUCUCCCCACUGAGUGACUCGGAGAAGAAAGGCCCUGUGGUGAUGGAGAUCCCGCUGGAAGAUAUCCGGAGGCUCGUAAUGCGAACACGUGCUAAUGAUUCUGACAAGGUGCAGGAACUCAUGGACAACAUCCGUGUCAUCGGCCUCCAAGUACCUUUGGGCAUCCUUUCCUUUAACAUUAAUUUUUCCAAAAUUAUUUUCUUUUAG